AUGCCGGGGGUGAGUGACAGAAGAGCUGCGUAUGUGUCGUGCCGCAUCCAUUGUCUGCCCGCGUGCUUCUCACGUGCGGCCAUUGCCGUUUCCAAGCUGACUUUACCCGCGCCAGAGAUUCCACCUCUUGUCUCCCUCUGCACGUGUGGGCUGCCAGGCUACAGCGCCCGGGAGGGUGAAGUGUUCAGCGCCGCCGCUGGCGACCUUCAUCCACGACACCGACUCCCCUUUGUGCUUUCUCGCGUUGCCGCCUCCAAGGCGAUUGCGUCUUUGUCGCCAAGCAAGACCCUCACCAGUCCCAAAACGAAUGAGGCACCCACCGUCGUUUUCACCCAUCGUCGCGAGGCGGCGCCAAUGCUGCACGGGUGCUGCCUGAGCAUUGCGCACGAGGACUCCGUAGCGGCGUCGGUGGCAUGGCCCGUCUCGUCACCCGACUCUUUUUCCCCUAACGAUUCUAAUGCCUCGCCAAAGAGACUCUGCAGAGGAACAGAUGUGGUGCGUGCACAUUGCUCGUUGUCGGAUGCGACGGCCACCGCGUUUGCAUACGCGAUCGACGUGGUGAGUGUGGCAGAGGUCCACCGCGUGCGAAGCCGCUUUCCCCGACUCGGGCAGCGGUGGAUGCCUCAGUGCAUCACGGCCGUGUCUGCCGAAGAUGUGCGGCGUGGGCUGGCGUGUGUUCAGAAACAGCCGCCGGAAAGUGGUGCCGAGGUGGGGGUUCCCGAGGCCGGCCACGGCAGCGAAGACGUCAGUGCAUGCCAGGCGGUUGGACGUCGCGAUGGGUGGUGGGAGCACCUGCCCACGCCAUGUGAGAGCGAAGCGGACGCAUAUGCCGCCGUAGUACUGGCGCAGCACUGGGGUGCGCGUGAGUGCGCUGUGAAGCUGGUAGGCAUUCCUGGUCGCUCUUUCGCAUACGAGUGCGUGGGUGCACUGCUGCCGCGAGGUGGUGGUGCGGUGGGUGCCGAGUCCAAUCCGUUCACAGUGUCGUUCAUGGUGUCACACAGCCUCUACUUGGCCGGUGUAAGUGGCGUUGAGGCGGCCACCUUGGCAAAACAAGGACUGCAGCCUCUGCUGUACCUCUAUACGUGGACGGAAUGGGUGCCGUUCAAUCGCACGGUGAAUCUCCCCUAUGUUGUCAUGCUAGCCUGCACGCCUUGUUCUUCAGUCGCACGGUGA